AUGACUUUAUUUUGCUAUAAUUCUGCUAGUCAAAAACAUCAAAAAACGAUUCAACAAAUCACAUUAGGUCGAUAUUUAAUUGAAAGAUUAUUUCAAUUGAAAAUAGGUACUAUAUUCGGAGUAUCUCGAGAUUUCAAUUUAAGUUUAAUUGAUAAAAUAUAUGAAGUUGAAUCAAUUCAUGGUAAAGAUUCAAUUAAAUGGGCGGGGAAUGUAAAUGAAUUAAAUGCUGCAUUUGCAGCUGAUGGAUAUUCAAGAUGUUCAAAAUCACACCUUGGUGUUUUAAUUUCAAGUUUUGGUAGUGGUGAAUUAACUUGCUUAAAUAGUAUUGCUGGAUCAUUUGCUGAACAUGUUGGGUUGAUACAUAUUGUUGGAAUGCCUUCAGAUGUUUCCCAAUCUAAAGAUUUAAUAUUGAGUCAUACGUUGGAUAAAGGAGAUUUUACAAUUUAUCAUAAAAUAUUUUCAAAUGUUUCAGAAACAAAUACUAUUUUACAUGAUAUUUUAGAAGCACCAGGUGAAAUUGAUAGAUGUUUAAAAAUUGCAUAUUUAAAACAAAAACCAGUAUAUAUUGGAAUCCCACAAAAUUUAAUUGAUGUAUUAAUUCCAAUUACUCAAUUAGAAACUCCAAUUGAUUUAAGUACACCUUCGAAUGCAUCUGAUGUACAACAUGAAAUAGUUUCUUCAAUUUGUAAAUUAUCCAAAACUGCUAAAAAUCCAAUUAUAAUUGUCGAUGCAGGUGUUUCAAGACAUGAUUGUAAAUCUCAAGUGUCAAAAUUGAUUGAAACUACUCAAUUUCCAACAUUUGUUACACCAAUGGGUAAAUCAGCCAUUGAUGAAGGUGGAGUAGGUGGUGAAAUUUUCAAUAAUGAAGAGAAUCCAUUAAUUUUUCAAAAUGUACAAACUCAAUUAUUAGAAGGUAAAUCAGUUCCAUCCAAAUUUGGUGGCGUUUAUAUUGGAUCAUUAUCAAGACCAGAAAUUAAGAAAUUUGUACAGAAAGCUGAUUUAGUUAUAUCAGUAGGUACAUUAUCAUCAAAUUUUAAUACUGCAUUAAUAUCAUUUGACUAUCCAACUAAUAAUGUUAUUGAAAUUCAUUCUGAUCAUAUUAAAAUUAAACAAGCAUUAUAUCAAGAUAUACAUAUGAAAGAAUUAUUAACUAAAUUAAAUUCUAAAAUUGAACCAUGUGUUAGUUCAUCGAUUAUUCCACAAUUAAGACUAUAUAAUACUCCAGCUCCUGUUGAAACCAAAUUAACACAAUCUUGGUUUUGGACUCGUGUUUCCAGUUGGUUUAGACCUGGUGAUAUAAUAAUCAGUGAAUCUGGUUCAACAUCAUCUUUUGGUAUAUUAGAAACAAGGUUUCCAUCUUCGGUAAUUGCAAUUAAUCAAACAUUAUGGAGUUCAAUUGGUUAUUCAAUAGGUGCUUGUCUUGGUGCUUCAAUGGUUAUAAAAGAACAAGAAUUUCAUUUAAGAAAUUUAUUAUUAGCUACAAAACCAUUAAAAGAUCAAAUUCCACAAUCUAAAAGAGCUACAUUAUUUAUUGGUGAUGGUUCAUUACAAUUUUCAAUUAAUGAAAUUUCAACAAUUGUCAAAAAUGGAGGUACUCCAUAUAUUUUCAUUUUAAAUAAUAGUGGAUAUACUACAGAAAGAUUAGUACAUGAUUUAAAUGCAAAAUAUAAUGAUAUACAAAACUGGGAUUAUACAAGUAUUGGACAAUUAUUUAAUUCAAAGAAUUAUGAAAAUUUUAAAAUUGAAACUCAAGGAGAUGCAAAUAAAAUAUUUUAUGAUAAAUCAUUUGGGAAACCUGAUAAAUUAAAGAUAAUUGAGGUUAAAUUGGAUAAAUUUGAUGCACCAGAAUCAUUAAUUAAAUAA